AUGGAUCCAGCCAUUCUUGCCGUCUUUGGGUCGGCGCCCGAUGGCAUCAACCUCAAGGCAAACCGAGCCGUCCAGAACGACGCGGCUGCUAUUACUGUAAUCAUUCUGGCAUUGAUUGCAGUCAUAUUUCGGUUCAUUGCGCGCUCCAUCCAGCGAGCUCCUAUCAAUCGUGACGACUGGGUGAUUAUCUUGGCUCUGCUGUUUGUCAUGGGUACUGUCGGCAUGAGUGUGGCCGGCGGAGCUAUCGGUGCUGGAAAACACAUCUGGGCCACUGACAUGGACCAGCUUACACUCAUUUUCAAGGUGAUUGCGCCUGCUCUCAGUCUUUUCAGCACAAUUCGUAACGGGGGCUUGACUGACAGCAAGCAGAUUCUCUACUCAUACACGUACAUCUAUGCGGCUUCUUGCGCGUCGACAAAAAUCUCCAUCCUUCUCUUUUACCAACGCAUCUUUCCCUCCAUCAACACGGCCUUUAGGCUUUCCGUCAUGGUUGGCUACUUUCUAUCCUUCUCAUACCCCCUCAUCAUCUGGGUGACAAUGGCCAACUGCUGCAAGCCUCUGUCACACUAUUGGAAUCAAUUCAGCGGGGCCAAGGGCAAAUGCAUUGAUGUCAACAAGUUCUUCCUCGCUCUUGGCAUCAUCAACAUGCUCAACGACGUCAUUAUUCUGUCCAUUCCAAUUCCUCUGAUUCUAAGCCUGCAGCUCUCUCUCCGGAAGAAAGUGGCCGUGACCGGUAUUCUGCUUCUAGGGGGCUUUGUAUGCGUUGCCAGCGCCCUCCGCAUAUACUACCUCACUGUCUUUUCUUCGUCCACAGACCUGACCUGGGUUAUGGGUCCCGUUUUUAUAUGGUCUGCCAUCGAGCCCUCGAUCGGUAUCGUAUGCGCCUGUCUGCCGCAUCUGGCGCCACUUUGGAAGCUCUUCCAUCUCAAGGUCACAAACGUCUCUAGCGGACAAAAGUCAGGCGCCAACUCUGCCGGUACUCCUUGGCGGUCUACGGGCGCCCAGCCCUACAGCAGCAAUUCUCGAUUCGCCUUUGGGGGAGACAAGAUGAUGAAACUGGGACCCUCUGACGACGAGAUUGGCCUGACCAACCAAGCUACAGCCGGCUCGACCGUUGGUAAACCACGCUCGUCUGGCUCCGGCUCCGAGGAUAAUAUCAAUGGCAUCAUCGUCAAGUCUACAUUUGUUCAAACAGUAUCUUUGAAGUAG